AGCAACUUCAUUCAAUAUCAACUAUCAUCUCUAGGGCAAGAAUGCAGACAGAUUAUUAUUUGCUACUGUAAAGACUGUUAGACUGGAUGGCUUCCUUCUGUACAAGGAUUGCCAAAGCCACUGGGGUCCCUCAUGGGUCAUCUAUUAUGAAAUAGUGACAGUUUGGUCCAACUGUAUGUAAUAGUCUUAGCACGGUUUCAAAUUCACUGUAAGUCACUGUUGUGACAGCAGUGGUGGGACAGUUUGUGAGAGCAAUGCAUGGUCUGUUUGAUAUGGGGUGUCAACACUGUGAGUCGGAGUUUCCCAUCAUAGGGUGCAUGUACACAAUGGCGCCAGAUAGUGUGAGAGUCUACGUGUAUCAACCACAGAAACAGUGAAGACAAGAAAUUCAUAUGAGGUGGGAAGUAACCUAUAUAACAAGUAGGGUUUGGCGUGUGAAGAGCUUACAAUUUCCAUUGUAAAGUAAUACAGGGACUGUCUGGACAAUUUAAACUCAAACAUAGCCAUGUUCACUGGUUAUAACCUUUGUUCUGUGAAUUUAUGAUCAAGACAUUGCUAUGUACAGUAGCCUACAGAAGGAAGACAGAAGAAAGAUGAUUUUAUAACAGACAAUAGCAAUCUGUUCCAGUCUAUUCCUUGACAUAAAUGUACACAAAUGAACAAACUAUUUCAAGUCUAUGACUAUGGGCAGCCAAUCACUGUCUGUUAAUCAUGCAGAACAAUUGUAAUAAUUAGUCUGUUUGACUAACGCAUGUGAUGUAGGCUAUGCCAUAGCAUGAGCUGUUUGAUUACCCCACUUUUUCUUUUAUCCUUCUGAAAUUGUAGAACGUUUUCAAGCAAGUAUUUACCGACAAAACACACCGUUUACGAUGAUUUCUGUGUUAGUAUGGAGGAAUGAAAAAUGGUCUCUUUUUGUAUAGUAGUGGUGCUGAAAAUGGUGACUCAACAUUUUGUGGUUAACGUACCAAAUUUGGCACAGAUGUAGAUGUACAGUGCCUUCGAAAAGUAUUCAGGCCCCUUGACUUUUUUCCACUUUUUGUAACGUUACAGCCUCACUCUAAAACAUGAUAUAAAAAAUCCUCAGCACUCUACACACAAUACCCCAUAAUGACAAAGCGAAAACAGGUUUUUAGAAAAUUCUGCAUAUGUCGGGGUUAUUCGGCUGUCCGCAUAGGUGAACCCUUUUUGUUUCCAUGUAGAACCCUUUACCCCCGACAUGGGACCCAAAAGGGUUCUACCUGGAACCAAAAAGUGUUUUACCUGGAUCCAAAAAGGAUUCUUCAAAGGGUUCUCCUAUGGGGACAGCCAAAGAACCUUUUUAGGUUCUAGAUGGCACAUUUUUUCCCUCGAAUAGGGUAGUCCAUAGCGUUCUAAAGUUCGAGCUAAAAGUCUGAUGGCACCAGUUGCCAUAUCGCCUAUAACUAAAUCGCCAAUUUCUCAGCCUCUGAGUAUCACAGAAACACAAGACUCUGAAUGAAUAACAGAAACAUGUUAAUGACAAGAUCCUAUGACUGAAAUGGAUCAAAACAUGGAAAAUCAUGCAAAAAUGUAUAUUUUAAACAUAAGAUUUGACUAUUAAUGUGUUAACAUUGUUAACAUUUGUAUUGUGUUGUGUUACAAAAGGUUAAUGAAAGAAAGUAUUACUGCUUGACACUGCCUCUGCAAUCAAUACCAGUUUGGGUACAGUACAUGGACUUCUUGAGGAAAUUCAAAUCGAAGGUUACUGCAAUGCAAAGACGCCCUCAGUUUCCUCAGCUAGUCAGCAGUUCAAGGAAACGCGCACUUUUGUUCCAGGUUGUAAUUCGAGUGUUCUUCUGUAGGCUACCUAUACGGUUUCAGUAUGGACUUUUUCGUAAGAUCUUAAAGGGUCAAUAAUAGUUCAAUCAAUCAUGAUACUGAGGACUGUAAGUGGCGUUCUUACAGUAAGGAUUUUUCUAGCAAACAUGGUGUACACUCUGCCAUACACACCAGACUCAGACGGAUCCUGCCGCAACAAAACAGCUGAAUACUAUAACCCAGAUGUAAACCUGUGCUGCAGCAAGUGCACUUCUGGGACACGCCGGAAAGUUGUAUGCAGCUCUACCUCGGACACGGCGUGUGAACCAUGUCCUAGUGGCCAGUACAGCGGGACCUUUAAUUACUUCCCAAAAUGCUUCAGAUGUCCCAAGUGUUCAGCAGACAAAGGCCUGAAGUAUGUCCAGAAGUGCUCCAGCACCACCAAGACCCAGUGUGCGUGCCAGACUGGGAUGUACUGCAUACUGGACCAACACCCGGACUGUAAGGAGUGUGCCAGUUAUACAUACUGCAAGCCUGGUCAUGGGGUCUCUGUAGAAGGUACCACAGCUGGACAGGAGGCUGGGACAGCGGAGUCGGAUAUGGAAUGUGCAUCAUGCCCCAAUGGAACCUUCUCUGACCAGCACUCCUACACCCAGAUCUGUCAGCACCACACAGAUUGUGUGUCUCAGGGGAGGGACGUACUGACUUACGGUACAGCCACCACCGAUGCGGUGUGUGGACCGAAGGUAAAUGGACGACUGGUCUCCAUCCUCCAAACCACCACACCUCCAAGCCCACCGACCACAAUGCCACCCUCUGGUAAAGUGCAUACCACAUCAAGUCUACAGAGCAUGGAUAUGUCUACAGUACCAACCACCCUGGGCUCAAAGCUGACAUCUAGUCCCUCUGAUCCACUGGUGAUCGCUCCAAUGGAAGACAAAUCACCAGGCGUCGACCUUUGGAUAGUUGCAGGUGCUAUCGGAGGUGUUAUGUUCCUGCUGCUGAUCAUAGGCACUAUCAUUUACAAGAAAGCCUUCACUAAGUUCAGAUGUGUAUCUUCUACAGAAGAUAUAAAUGGAACUUCUGAGAAGGAGGCCAUUAAAUGUCUGCUGGGGAAAGGAGACUGCAGUAAUGUCGGUCAGGCAGAGACCAAGCAGGAUGCUAUUAAGACCUGGUCAGGCUCUGGGUGCUCCAACAGCCUGGAGGGCCUGUCAAUAUGCCCCGUCCAGUCCACCCUUCCACAGCCCAGCAUCCUGGCCAGCACCCCCCAGCCCAGCCCCCAAUCCACCAGCCCUCUGGCAUCUGUACCCCUAGUUAAUGUCAACAUCACUGUUACCUACCCUGUGAACAUAGGAAAUGAGUUAUGCUCCAGACCUACCAGCACCCAGAUAGACUCACCACAAGCCGACCCCGAGACCCCUUUAUCAAGGGAGGAGGAGGUGUAUGUGAACAUGCCGCAGCGAGAGAGUUGCAAAGAGGCACUUACGGCAGUACAAGAGUUUGGAAAUGAUGUAUGAGGACUGGAGGCAUAUGGGGGAGGAUCAGGCAAUAGAUUGUGUUUUAGUGAUGUGUUUUUCACUCUGACUGUUGUCUCUGUUAUAUGGUUGCUACUUGAAGUACUGGUGGUGACUUUGUGUUGGUAGAGAGGGACAGAAUGACUGUUCAUGUGCCUCAGGUAGGAUUUCCCAAACUUUGCACGAUUUGCAUAAGUUAUACCCAGGGAGGGUACCCGAGUUUGGGAAACCCUGGUAUAUACCCUGAUAUAAUGUGCUGUCUGUGCUGGAAAGUCUUGAACACCUGAUUUAGAUUGUCAUUAACUGUUUGAAGAAUUAUUGAUGAGUGAAUGAUGUAUGCAAUUACUAUGAAUGUUGUUGUAAGUAUACUGUAGAUGUGACACGGCUCAAGGUAUCCCAAAAUCUUUUAUCAUAAGUAGGCAAUAACCUUUCCUACACAUGCCAUACUUUUGGGGGAAUUCAUUAUGGCCUGUGCCAUAUGAGAAGAUUUCAUUUGUAUUCUUAUGAGGGAAGAGCGUGCCUAUACUUUCCAAAGUAAGGGUUCUUUGUCUCUUUUUUUAAUCAAACUGAAAUGGUAGACUAAAUGAAACUGCUUUGUUUGUUGUUGUUUUUGGCCUACACCUGUUGAACUGUGUGCAGAUCAUGAGUAAUACAUUCUCAACAUCAGCUCAAUAAGAAGUUAAGAAUGAUGGAUGAGACAUUUUUGUAUGAAGGGUAUUGUUUUCUCUAAUACUAUCACCACCUACUGGUGGAACAAAAAGUCUUUUUUUUACAGUUUAUGCACAUAAUAUGAUUUAGUAUUAUCCAGCAACUAUAUGUGGAUUAUUAGAGUGGCCUACAGUAAAAAAUAAAAUAAUUAAAAAGUAAUAAAAAGGUUGAAAAAGUUGAUUGAUGCUCCAAUAGGUACAUACAGCAAAGUGAUGUUUUCAACAAAGUACAGAAGCAAACUUUCCCCAUUGAAAGCAGUGCGGCCAAGCCUGAUUUCAAGCACACAUUUUUUUUUUGGGGGGGGGGGGGGGGUAUUAUAACUGGAUUAUAGCUCCUGUCCAAAUGCCGUGAAUUAUAUAUACUGUGCAUGUCAUAGUCCCCAGUCAACUCCAUUACACUCAAAAUUUACUUAAACCAGUGAAUGCUAGCGAUGGCUAGCUAUGCUAGCUAUUCUACCAGUCGGUCUUAAUGAGUGUUAGCAUGCUAAUAGCACACCAUGUACACAGAAAUGUAUUUUUUUUAAGGGGUAUGCAGUAGGUUGAUACCUAUGUCACCAAAGUAUGUUGUAUCAUCAGACAUGUCAAAUAACAUUCCCAGCUAAUGAGAAAACAGUCAUGGUAUUUCAUUUAAGAGAAUGAACAAGAUUUAACAAGGCAACCUUCGGGCUAAUUUGAAUGGGCAACAACAGCAGAUUGAGGGAUUUUUACAUCUGUACCUCAGUACGACCCACGUGACCGCAGUCAACAUCCCUCCGUGAGGGGACUGUCCCUUAGAUCCCCUUCCCUUCCUUAUUGUAUUAUAUGCUUUGUUAAUAAAACAUUUAAAAAGCA